AGUACCCGGUUGGAAAAAAAAGAAAAGGAAAAGGAAGGUGAUCGCCAAUGAUGUUGAAAAGUAACAUGGUGACCUGUGUUGUGUUAAAUAUGGUAAGAGAAAUUCAGAAACACCUCUUUGUACAGGUGUCCUACAAGCAACAACAUCAGUGUAAUAUUACCAAUGAAUGCUACAUGUCGAACUGCGGAUUUCAGGGAAAAUGAGAUUCAUCACACAAUUGGUUUUGCCUUCUGCUGUGACCAAGAGGCACCUAGCUCCUCAGCUGAAUCUUUCUGCAUCUUCAAAGGUCAAGGCGCCAAGCAAUCAAAGGAAGCCAAUUGGACACUCCGGGGCCCAGAUGGCAUUGGCGGGUUUACAGCCACAAGUUCAGGUCGUGAGAUGGGAGUUAUCCAGAGAUUAGUUCAUGGAGGGCCGCAAAUGAUGAUUCCCCUGCUAAAUUCUCAACUGGCUUUGGACUCUGCAGAGACUAAAAAAGACCCAACCAAACAUUCAAGUGCAAACCAGCUAGCCCUUAUCUGAACUGAUCACUGACACAUUAAGUUGGAAGUGUCUGCCAUUGAUUGAGCUUCUUCAGUGAGAUUGAAGGGGAAGGGCCCUUUAGACCAUUUUAAGCGUCACUUGACCAGACCUUUUUUCUUCUUCAUCUGCAUGAUUUUCUUGGCUGAGCUGGCUGCAUGUUGACAUGUUCAGAUUUCUCAGCAGUAACAUGCAAGCUCGUGCCUUAU